UUCUCUCUCUCUCUCCUAUAGUAUUAUUCAAUCCGUUCACACUCUGUGCGCGUAGAAUUUGUCGGAAUUGGUGCGAGAGAGAGAGAGAGAGAGAGAGAGAGAGAGGUGGUUUUGAAUUUCCAUAAUUAACAAAAAUAAUAAUAACAACAAGGUUAGUAAAAGGUGGCUCCAAUUUUGGGGUGGGGAGCAAAGGGCAAAGGGCGAUGGGUUCUUGUUGCAGCGUUGUUCAAAUUAGGGCAGAUCACAGCCCUCGCCCAGAUGGAGUGAGCUCAAGAUUUGUGAGCACGGAGGCGAGCAGCCGCCGGUCGUCUUCCUCGGCUCCUCUGACUCCCCGGAGCUACGGCGAGAUUCUGGAUUCCGGCAACCUAAAAACAUUCGGGUACAAUGACCUCAAGAUCGCGACAAGGAAUUUCCGUCCGGACAGCGUGUUGGGCGAAGGCGGCUUCGGCUGCGUCUUCAAGGGGUGGAUCGAUGAGCAGACAUUUAAGGCGGCCAAGCCCGGCACGGGCGUCGUCAUUGCCGCCAAGAGAUUGAACCAAGACGGCAUCCAGGGACACAAGGAAUGGCUUACAGAGAUCAAUUAUCUCGGGCAGCUCUCGCAUCCGAACCUAGUGAAGUUGAUUGGAUACUGUCUGGAGGACGAGCACCGGCUGCUUGUCUACGAGUUCAUGCCCCGGGGCAGCUUGGAGAAUCACUUGUUUCGGCGGGCAUCUUAUGUCCAGCCAUUGUCUUGGAACCUUCGGAUGAAGGUGGCGCUCGAUGCAGCAAAGGGACUUGCUUACCUCCACGGCCCCAAAGCCAAAGUUAUCUACAGAGAUUUAAAGGCUUCCAAUAUAUUGCUCGAUACGAAUUUCACGGCGAAGCUGUCUGAUUUCGGGUUGGCAAAGGACGGACCCAUCGACGGUAAAAGCCAUGUCUCGACCAGAGUCAUGGGUACUUACGGUUACGCCGCCCCCGAAUACAUGGCCACGGGCCAUCUGACGGUGAGAAGCGACGUGUACAGCUUCGGAGUUGUGUUAUUGGAGAUGCUGACGGGGCGGCGGGUGCUGGACAAGAACCGGCCCCACGGAGAGCAGAAUCUGAUCGACUGGGCGAGGCCGUAUUUGGCGAGCAAACGGGGCGUGCUUCGAGUGAUGGAUCCCCGGCUCGAAGGGCAGUUCUCGACGAGCGGGGCCUUGCGCGCGGCGACGCUCGCCGUGAAGUGUUUGGCAAUCGAAGCCAAGUAUCGGCCGACGAUGGACGAGGUCGUGAAGGCGUUGGAACGGGUGGCGGAGACGGGCGGCGGAGAAGCGGCGGCGCAGCGGCACCGGCGGACGGGAAAUGAGGAUGGCGGGAACCGGGUGGCGUCUUAUCCGCGGCCAUCUGUUGAGUGAAUAUAUAUAUAUAUAUAUAUGUAUGUAUGUGUAAGGAUGUGUAUGUAUGUUUGAAUUGAUGUGUAUAUAGAGCAGAGGGAGUAAUUCUUUGAGAAGUGAAACCUAAAUGGUGAUUGCGAGAGGUUAAAUAUGAAUUUGGCUGAUGGCUUUGGUUUUAACUUUCAAUUGCUUUUUUUUUGUGGGCAAUUAAUAAAUGAAGGCUGCUUCGCUUUUAUUUUUUAA